CAAGUGGCUCAACGUGAAAGUCAAGUCAAAGCUAAACCUUCGUUAAAAUACAGUUUAUUGUGUUCUUUAUUGUCUUGAACUUGUCGCAACAUGUUGAUUUGGUAGCGGUUUCAGUGUCUCAAAGUGCAGCGUUUGUAACGAUGUUUCAUGCUGCAGCUAAAACGCUUUCUGUUGCAACAACCGCUGCAGUAUCUCGGGGAGUAUUGUUCAGUAUUCGACAUUAUUGUAGGAGGACACCCGCAAAACUGAGAGUAUCCGAAGCGGUUUCAGGUGAUGAAUUGGGAGCGAAAAUCAAAGUACAGGGAUGGGUUCGCUCAGUUCGACCACAGAAGGCAAAUCUCUUCCUCCAUGUGAACGAUGGGAGCUCUCUGCAGUCACUGCAGGUCGUCGCAAGUUCAGAGCUGAAUGAUCAGUUGCUCACAUUUGGUUGUGCGGUUGAAGUCACAGGAACUCUUAGGAAAAGUCCAAACCAAAAACAGCCCAUUGAACUGGAAGCAGACCAAAUCGAUGUAGUUGGAGAAUGCAAAACUGUGGAUUUUCCCUUCAAAAUCAAAGAGAGACACGGCCUUGAGUAUAUUCGCCAGUUUCCUCAUCUCAGGUGUAGAACAAAUGCCUUCAGCUCCCUGUUGAGAAUACGAAGUGAGGCCACUUCAGCAAUUCACUCGUAUUUCAAGGAAAAUGGCUUUGUGCAUAUUCACACUCCAGUCAUCACCUCAAAUGACUGCGAAGGAGCAGGGGAGCUCUUUCAGGUCGAGGUGAGUAUUUACACGUGUUUAUAUUGUGUUUAAAGUUAAUGUCAUAUCCUAUUAAUUUGAUGCUAUUUUAGCUAUACGUGUGUUGAUGGUUUAGCACGUUCUGUUUUUGUGCACCAAUUGCCUGGAAUAGACUACCCAUACACAUAAGAGAAGUAACUUCUCUAGAUAGUUUUAAAAAGCAGCUCAAGACCCAUUUCUACACUCUUGCUUUUAAUUGAUUCCAUCUUCUACUUAUUUUUAUUGCAU